CGGCAAUCAAGGAGAUAAUGCAAGUGUUUGUGGCUCCGCACACACACGACAUACGCGUGGGACCGCCACCGGUCGCCUUGCGUCUCCACCUCGUCGGCACGGUUUACGUGGCCGCCUCCGUGGCGCUGAGCGUCUUUGUCCUUGACGCGUUCUCUGCGUACACGGCGACCGACUAUUUGUGGCCCGACCUUUUUACGACCUCGCCCGUGUUGCGACAGCUUCUCAACACCCACCUCUCGACACUGCCCUACUCGACAGAGUACAACCUCGACAUCUUUGCCCCCUCGGUCGCGCUCCUCGGGGGGCUGUCGUCGGGUGUUGACGCUGUCUACGUCCGCCGGGUCCUCUACAACGACCUCACAACCUUGCCAUCGGCAAUUCAGAGCGUAAGAACGCUCUCCACCGAUCAAGUGUGGAGGCUUGUCGCGCCGUACUGCUGGGUCGACUUUGGAAAAAACUGGGAAUUUGCCUACUCGGCCGCGCGCCAAGCGCGCUGUGCAGCGUCCGAGACAACGAACGCCGCCAUGUACUUGGAGUCAAUCCUGCGCAACAUCGAUUUUGACGCGUGGCGGCAGUCGACGGGCGGCCUCUUUGACACUCGCAUCGGCACUCCGAUCGCAGCGACCGGAGCGAAAGGCGCCGACUGGCUGCGUACGUUGACCGCCCACACGCUCGUUUCCAUCAGCGACGAGGUGCAGCUGUGGCGCUCGCACGGAUGCCAGCUCUUUGCGCUUCAAUAUGGCACGGGCACGGGCUUUGGCCUCCUCGAGAGUGUCCUUGUUGAGAAUGCCCUCGGCGUCGCGGUCCCCAUGUCGCUCAAGAGCAUCCCCACGACGAGUCGGCUCAUGCAUAGGAAAACGUGUCUUUUCUAUGACCUCUUUUUCAACGACUUGUACGCCGCGAGCGAGAACCAGACGAUGGUUCGGGGUACGUUCAACUACUUUGCCGACACGACGCCCGAUGCGAUGGAGUGCUUUAUCAAUGGCUGUCCACUACCGCUACUCGGUCAAGCCCUCCACGACCAAGUCGGGUGGCUUGCCGCCCUCGAUGCCAAGUGGGUCCUACCUCCACCGGCGCUUGUUGAAGCCAUGCAACGAUUCCGCGCCGACUUGACGUCGGCACUUGUGAAUUCGCCGGCGCUACACGCCCUCGUUGCACCACCCGUGUUGCUGCAACUGCGGCCGCUGCAGUGGGCCGACCCGACAUUGCGCUUUUACAGUGGCAAUCCGUGGUGUAUCUUUGGCGCGUCAGUGGCAUUUGUGCAGCAGACGUUUGGCUUUGAUGAUGUGUGUCAGCGCCAAGCGCCAUUAACGUCGUCGUUGCGCGUCGACGCUGGAGUCUUUGCGCUGAUGCAGCUCGGGGGCGUGCGCAGCGAUGACGUCUGUGUCGCCGCCGUCGACGCAGCGGCGUGCGAACGUGCCUUCCAUGCGACGGAGGGCUUGGCGCAAGCAUUGUCGUUGAAGGCACCGAAUGUGACCCAUUUGGUGGACCCCAGUAUUGGCCUCUUUCAGUACGUACAGAACCAGACCCAGAGUGCGUCCCAGAUCCAGAUCCAGAUGCAACCGUUGCUCGCCCCCAGUUUUGCUUUUUUUGGCUGGACAAUGCUGUACGAGUGGGCGUUGGGGCUGCGGGAGGUCCUUUCCCUUCAAGGUGAUGUUCAAACGGUCAAUAUCAUUUCGGUGGCGUACCCCCCGGUCGUCUCGGACGCGUCCCCCGCACCAGCAACGCUGGGACCGUACCUGUGGUACUCGGCGGCCAUGACGACCGUGACGCUCGGCGUCGUCAGCGCGCUCACGCUCUGUCUCGGGUGCGCUCUCCGGUCGACGUUGUGGCUCAUGUUCAACCCCGUGGUGUCGGCUGUCUAUAUUGGCCGAUACUUUCUGCUUGCGCGCAGCGGACUCGCUCUAGUGUGUCUUUCAACGGCCACCGCAGCCCUCUCGGCGCCGUCUGGAGCUAUUCUCCAAGUGCAAACGUCCACGCGUUCGCUUUUGCUCUCGAGCGCCUUGGCUGGCGAAGGUCUCUGGCUUAUCUACGUCCUCCACGAAGUCGUUGAGCCUCUUGUACGUAAAUCGCAUCGUGCGUCGACAGUCGUCAUUCUUCUUGCGACCUGGCUCGUCCUUGUCUGCAUCGAUCAGCUCGCGCCAGUCAUUUGGCGUGUCCAGCUCCGUCGCGAGUGCUCCAUUCACAACCUCGAGACCGUCACGUGUGACAGCGGGCGCGUCGUGAUUGGCAGCUGGGAACGCCUCGUGCUUCUCACCAGUCUUCUAGUCGGAGCAUGGCUCUUGGCCGUCCUAGCGCCGUGCCAACGUCGCCUGUCCCAACCAUUGCACGAGCUUUUGCCCCCGACGCUCGCCCACUACCACGUCGGCGAGACCCCCGAGCUCGACACGAUUUCAGCCGUCAUGUGUGGUCUCAUAGCCUUUGACUAUCGCGGUGUUGGCUACGUUCUCGACACCAAACUCUGGCGGGUCGUGCGCUGUCAAGAAUACGGCGUUCGUCGGCGCCGACAGUCUCUGCGCUUCCAUGCCACAAAUGCCCCGAAAAUGCCACUGCGCCUCCGCCCAUUUCGAUACAAAAGCGGUUGGUUCCAGCACAGUUCGACGCUUCUCGGGCUCGGGUACCUUGUCACGACGCUCACGAGCAAUAUCGCGUACCUCUCUGUCAUGUCCGACUCGCUCGCCAACGACUUUGGCUGGUCGGGCUUCAACACGUCCGGGAUGCACGCGUAUCUCGCGACAACCUUUACGCAGUUGUCACUGACGUCGACCGAGAUCCUGCCGUCUGUGGCGCUCGACACACCAGCGCUGGGUAUGCCCAUCUACCGCGACUCGCACGGCACGACUGAGUGGCACGCCAACCUCGCCCGUCGCGAGCUCUUCAAUGAAGACACGAUCGCGCUGCAUUCCGUGGUGCGCGGUCUCCGCUCCAUGGAUCCGUGCCAGCUGCCGUGGAUGUUUACGCAGUACUGCUACCUCGACUUGAACCGGAGCUGGACCAUGGCUAGUACCGCCGCGCGUCAAGCCCGCUGCGAUGCCAUGAUGCAAAGCAAUGGCGCCGUGUACCUUGGUGCGCCGCUUCGAAACGUCCGCGACUGGGAUGCCAUGCGCGCCUGCUGGGGCUCGUCGUUUGAAUCCGGCUUUCUGAGCCUCCUUCAGCAGACAUCAAGCGGACAGGACUGGUGGCGUGCGACGACGACGAAUGCCCUCACGAUCGAUGCUGAAGUGGCUCUUUGGCGCUCGCACGGCCUCUCGACGUUCCGGCUGCAGUGGCAAAACUACAAAACCACGGGGUACCACGAUGCCAUCGAAAUUGCUACCGCGUGGGGGCAGCGCUACGCGCUCACGAUGGCGCAUGCAUCCCCCGCGAUGCACACGGAUCGACAGACGUCGAUGCGUCUCUACUGGUCCUUUGCCAGUGAUCUCUGGGCCGUAGCGCACAACGUCAGUGGCAUUGGGGGACGAUCCCUUUUGCGGGAAGCCCCAACCUUUGCCUUUGCCAACACCACGUCCGAGCAGCUCUUGCUCACGAAUACAACGCUUUUGGCGCCACUGCAAGUGGGCCUGAGUCGGUUGCAAAGCACGUUGGGACCGUUUGGUAGUAUCGACACAGAGUACAUUUCGGUGCCGAGCUCGCUACGCCACUUGUACGGCACGUUUCUGCAAGCGCUGGCGACCCUAACCCUCACAAACAUGACAGCCCAAGAGCGCUUUGUCCAACUCCCGGCCAAGUCGUCGAUCUGUGCGCUGCCGAUGGAGCUUUUGGCCGAGACGACGCUCGUCAGCGUCGGCGGCAAUCUCAUUUGCGGCAGCGACCUCGCCCCCAUCGCCAUUCAGUACGGACCCAGCACCUUUGUCUCGUUCGACUCGGAUUGCGAUUGGUGGGUCACAGAAACAAUCGAAGUAUCCACCCCGGCGCUCCUCUUUGCCCUUGUUGGCGUCGACACGACCGUCGACAGUGACGGUCUCUGCACUUUGGAUGUGUUUUCCGAAGCCGACUGCCGCUCUAUUUACGAUGCCAUACAGACCUUCCGGGUCGAGCACGCAGUAGCUUUUGAAGCGUUGGCCACGCCCGCGUCAUUGGCACGUAGCGCCGUCAACGACCUGGACGUGGUGCUCGUCCAAUACAUAACACCCAGCACUCUCUCGGCCACGCAAUUGUACCAGCGAGGUCUCUUGAACGGCACGGACGACGCUGCCUGGCCGUUCGUAGGGUGGUGCUACCUCUUUGAUUGGGUCCAGGGCGCGCGCGAAGUCGUUUCGUUUCAAGGGGACCGCGGUCAAGUGCGCACCAUCACGGCGGCGUUCCGGCCGUUGGCGCUCGUGCUCGACCCGACCGAGAUUCACACGACCCUCAGCUACUUUUGCCGGAAGAGCGCCCAGUACGUCACGCUCAUUCUCAUCAGCGUCCUUGUGCUCGUCCUGUGCUACACCAUCACGUCGUUUGGUGCAAUCAACGCUCUCAACCUCUUGGAGCUCAACCGGAUCGUCGGGCAUGUCUGGGUCGGCCGCCUCCUCCUCGUCGUGCGAAGUACGACGGCGCUAUGGCUCUUGAACACGAGCCAAUUGACGCUCGAGACGAUCGGGCAUGGCGCCCGCCUUGUCGUGCCCGUGACGCCAUGGUACAAGGUCGUCCUUGCCGCGUCCGAACUCACGUGGCUUGUCUACGUGCUGAACGACCUGCUGAGCAGCGUCACGCAGCAGUACACGCCGUCGUAUGCGUGGAAGAGCUCGCUCUUGACGUGGGCGAUCGCUGUGGGCUGCCAAGCGCCGCCGCGCUACACGGCGUAUUUGCAACGCGCGUGCACGUACAUCGACAUGGAUCGCGCGCUGGACUGUACAACGGGCUACAUCACGAUUGGCCGUCUCGACGGCGUAUUGACGGGCGUUUUGAUUGCGCUGGGGGCCGUCGUGGGCACCGCGGUGCUCGAGCGGUGGCGGGCGUUGCCGCCGCGCAAGCUCCGCACACCGUACUUGAGCUCGGCGAGCUACUUUACGCUGGUGGUCCAAGCGAACGACGUCGAGUGCGAGAUCGAUGCUGUGUUUGCCCUCAUGGCCGGGCUCGUGUCCGUGCGCUGGCGGCAAAUCACGUACUUUUUCGAUAUCAAAAGCUGGCGUCUCCACACGUGCUAAGCGAUUUACAAAAUAGCCUCGGAUGCAACCCAUACACGCGUAGUUGCAUCAAUACGCGCACCAAAAAGCUCUUAUUUUUGUGGACGCCAUGAGCCUGCAGCAGUACGACGGCGUCGACACAAAUGCCUCAUUUCGCAAUGCCCUCAAGGAGCAUCGGCCAGUAUAUGAAGGAGAUGCUAUGCCUCUCUCACCAAAUGCAAAAUCGGCG